GGUUCGAAUAAGGAGACUCCAGAUGAUCCACCUACUCCAUCUCUGGUUGUGGAUAAGUGUGAAAAUGAUAUAUCUACUGCAACGGUCGGAGAACAAAUAUGUAUUCCAUAUACACAGCAGUUUACGAGCAACCCGUCAGGUAUACAGGUGAUACAAGUGUCAUCGCAAUACUUUAGUGCACUUCCAAGUUUUUUCAUCAAUAUCUCAUCCGAUACCGUUUCCAAAAAAAAGGCAGAUUGGAUAGUUAACUUCAACAUUUCAAGACCUGACCAACAAUUGCGUUUCAUAAAGGAAAAUGCAACAUGUGACAGUAUUGGAAUUUACGAAAUUACUAUAGAAUAUGACGAUGGAAAUGUAACAUCCUUCAAAUUUGAAAUCACUUUUAAAGAUCCACAGCUUGAGCAAAGCGUAACUCGACUUAAUGACAAAGUUUUUAUCCAUUGUGAAAUGAAAAAAACGUGCAUGGCCAGUUCUUUAGCAUUGUUUGUAAACGAUGGGGGAUCGUCACGUUUGAUACCUGACAUAGAUGUAUGUAGCUUUACUGAUAAGAACAGUGGUACCACAGUGUCAGCUGACGCAAUCAUUCAUGUUUCGCAGUUAUCAGAAAAUCAUACGAUAUCCUGUGUUCCACUAAUGACGAAUAUGGAACUUUCUGCAAACCUGACAUCAACUUCCGGUAUACCUGUAUGUGAAGGUGAUUGUGUACCUGAUUGCAAGGAUGAUCCACAAGGUGAAGCAUACUUUCCAGACAAAAAUGACUGUACUCAGUUUUUCCAAUGUUCAAAUGGACAACUUGUUUCUCAAUCCUGCUCACCAUCAACAUACUGGUCAACUAGAAAGUGCACGUGUCUUCAUUUUGAUAAUGAAAUUUGUAAUAGAGACACUAACAGAUUCUUAAGUCCUCUUUUGUCCAUCGAAAAAUGCACCAAUGCAUCGCUUGUGUAGUGAAUUUUUGGAAAAAAAAGGGGUGACUAGGGAAAUGGGUCUUCUACCGACCGGCAGUAAAACGCUUGCCUAAGUGGGGUGUGCACUUAGUUGUGCGGGAUAUAUCAAGUUCGCAGUCACGUCCGGUCGGAAUGGGGAUGUUAAAUCUGAUAUCUCGUGUUUAAUGAGUGCCGCCCUUUGCACAUUAAGACCCUUGCAGCAACUCUUUGAGGGGUUCGUAGGUGGCAUAUUGCACGGCAAAAUUUCUGACCCUAUCCAAUAUAACCUCAUUUUCCAGUGGAAGUCCAAAUUUUUCCAGAACAUCAUCUCGAAAUGCUUCUAUUAUGACUAGACCUACCUAUUGUAUUUAUUGUUAAUUUGUUCUCGUCCUUAAUAUGCAUAAAAUAUUUGCCACUGGACGUUAAACAACUAACAAUCACUCAAUCAAUUAGAAACAAAUAUAUCAAAUAAUAUAGGUUUAUUUCUUCGUUAUUAU